UAUGCUGUCAGAUUGUACUCAGUGGAAAAAAAGUUAAAAUGGAGGGUAUCUUUUGCAAGAGAAUUUUGUGAAAUUGUGAACUAAAAGUAUCCUCCACCUUCUCCUUAUUGAUGGCCAAAGCAAGACAAAGUGUUGUGUAGCAUGUGAACAAGUGAAAUUCCGCAGGAGAACUCCUCAAAAGCUCAAAAUAAGAGUGAUUCCCGAAUACCAACAGUGAUAAAUACUUAUCAUUGUUAUCAUUGCUGAAAUUUGUACACGGCCGGAAUGCCGCCUGUACAUAUUGCAAACGAGGGUGAACAGGAUAAAAGUGGAUGCCAAAAUAUGGUAUCUAAUCUACCACUCCUCUUUGCUGGUGGUUAUCCUACAACUUUGGAUAAAAUGACUGAAUGUCAAAUAGAAAAAUUCAUUCCCUUUAUGGUUCAAUGUUCUCUGGGAUAUAUUCAACUGCAAUCAAAUCGUGGUGAAUAUAGAGAACCGGAAUGGUGGCCAGAUGAUGUGCCCUUUGUCAUACCCCUCAUGAGGCCUAAAGAUUUUAGUGGAGAUUGGCGAGCAAAAUUAAGAGAAAUUGUGGUAACAUGCUAUUCUUUCCACAAAAAUGUCUUUCUUUUGCGGUUUUGCAAAGAAUUGGCAACUUAUGAACCAGAAUGUCUUCGUUUUAUCAACAAUUAUAAUUCCACAACAUCUCUGUUCGAUAGAACAAACAAUAAAUUAUUAGUCACCUUUAGAAAUGAAAAUAUGCUCUAUGAUCAGCAACAAAUCUCUAACAAAAAAACACUCCUACCACGUAACAACAGUUCCCAAUCACUUGAUAGUUGUCAGCAAAUGGUGGAACCAGCCCUCUUCGAUAUUUAUCUCUGUGAUAACUGUGACGCCGAAUUGUACUCCAUGGAAGCAUUCAUGGCAUGUUUUGGUGUGUUGUCUCUGCAGGACCACGAGAAAAUUUGUCAACCAAAUGACGAAGAGGGGGAUGAUGAUGUGAUAUUCUGUGAAUCCGAGGCUGAGGAGCCAGUGGAUGAGGAUCAACAGCAGAUGUCGGCAUUUCUCCUGUCACUGGGAUUGCAGAGUGCAGAGAAUGUUGGUCAGACGGGAGUGGCACGUGGAUUUGGUGGUGGUGGAAAUGGUAGGGAUGCAGUUUUGUCAUAUUCCUCUUCUUCUGUAUUUUCAUCACCGGAUAAGCAUAGGAGUGUACAUCGAAGGACACGUGGGAGAUUGGCAUACAAUAAAUGUCAAUCAAUACCAAUUUCUUCACCAGCUGGGCAAUUGUUGCUCAAUACGUCAAAGACUGCCAUGAGUUCGGAAUAUUUGGAGGAGCGAUUGGAUCGUCAGGAGAGAUUUUGUGGGGCUCAACCAUUGGGUGGGGAGAUGUAUUCGCGGAGACGUUGGUUGGAUAGUCGGAGGAGUUUGCAAUUGAGUUUUCCGGUGACGUAUCGAAAGUUAUCUGAUCAUCAGGUUUCUAGUGAAUGGCAUUCGUACAAAUUUCCCAGACGUCAAUUUUCCAUGGAGCAUCGUCGGCAGAAUUUAGAGAGGUACAAUGCGGUGAUACUGAAACAGUGUAAGCCGUGUGUUGUCAAGGUGGAAAAGUUGACGAGGGAGAAGAUUGAGGCAUUUCUUUUGGAUGCCAAUCUCAAGGUGAUGAAUAAGAAAUUGAUGAAGCAUAGGAGUAGAAAAAGAGGUGGACAUCCUAAAGUGGUGGAGAUCAUUGAUCUCUGUUCGUCGGAUGAGAGUGGUGGGGAUGAGGAGGAGGAGAUUAAUGGGAUUGAGGGGGAGGAUGGAAUUGUGAAGGAAGUGGAAGAGGAGAUGGAUCAAGAGGCAAAGGGAUUGAUAGAGAUGGAAAAGUUGAUGGUUGAGGAGGAGGAGCAGGAGGAAGUGGAAGUUAGUCCAAAGUAUGAUGGGAAUUUUAUCUCAAUGCCAAUGGGAUUGUCAGCUGAACCGCUCAAACCGUCGGUUUUUCUCUUUUCUAACAAUACCACCACCUCAAUUGAGCAAUUGCACAGUGCUCAGAUUUAUCGACUGCCCACGAAGAUUCAUCAGAAUCAGGAAAAUAUAAUAUCACGGAAUUUCUGGCAUACCUCAUCGAAGGCUUCGUGCCAUUUUGCGCCAUAUCCCAGCAGUAGGACGUCAUCGGCUGUGGGGGAUAGAAGAGAUGGUCAGAGAACUGUGGUCACGGGUAGAAUAAUGCCACCACUUAUCAGACUGGCGGCAACAUCAGGUGCCAAAUCAAUUACAGCCAAUGUCACCAUCUAAAAAAAAGGGAGAAGAGGCAGAUUGGCAUCUCCUCGAACACACAAAAAGGGGCACACGCCUGAGAAAGGAAAAGAGGAUAAUCAUGUGAGUUUUCUCUGACCAUUAAACACAAAAAGAAAAUUCCUUUCUCAGUUACAAUUUCCACGGUAAAAGAAAAAAAACGCGCGUACCUCUAUUUAAGCAUUAGAUGUUCUCUAUUAAUUACUAUAAAAAACAAAAAUAUUACUAAAUGUAAAACCAUCAAAAAAAAAAAGCAUAAAAGUAUCAAUUUUCAUGGAAAUACAUCAUUUUUUUAAUCCUA